AUGUCUGGCAAUCAAGGAAUGGAAAGGUUGAUCCCUUUGGUCAACAAGUUACAAGAUGCUUUCUCCCAGUUAGGUUUGGAUUCACCUAUGGAUUUACCGCAAAUUACUGUGGUUGGUGGACAAAGUGCUGGUAAAAGCUCCGUUUUAGAAAAUUUUGUCGGCAGGGAUUUCUUACCUCGAGGUUCUGGUAUAGUUACGAGAAGGCCACUGGUUUUACAGCUGGUUAAUAAUAAAAUGGAAUAUGGAGAAUUUUUACACUGUCGUGGUCGAAAAUUUACUGACUUUAACGAAAUUCGUAAAGAAAUUGAAGAUGAAACCGAUAGAGGAACAGGACAAAAUAAAGGAAUAUCCCCCGUUCCUAUUAAUCUCCGAGUCUAUUCUCCACAUGUACUUAACUUAACCCUAGUGGAUUUGCCUGGUAUGACUAAAGUUCCAGUUGGCGACCAACCUGCAGACAUUGAAAAACAAAUUAGAGAUAUGAUUAUGCAAUUUGUAACCAAAGAAAAUGCUCUAAUUUUAGCUGUAUCACCCGCCAACGCUGAUUUAGCUAAUUCUGAUGCCUUAAAAAUUGCCAAAGAAGUUGACCCGCAAGGUCUUAGAACUAUCGGAGUCAUUACCAAGUUAGAUUUAAUGGAUGAUGGAACUGAUGCUAGAGAUAUAUUAGAAAACAAGUUAUUGCCGUUAAGGCGGGGAUAUGUUGGAGUUGUCAAUCGUAGUCAAAGAGAUAUCGAGGGUAGAAAAGACAUUAGGACAGCACUCGAUUCUGAAAGAAAGUUCUUCCUUGGUCACCCUUCUUACAUGCAUAUGGCUGAUAGAAUGGGGACUUCAUUUUUACAAAAAGUCUUAAAUCAGCAGUUGACAAAUCAUAUCAGAGAUACUUUGCCAGUAUUGCGAAGCAAAUUGCAACAGCAAUUUUUGGCCUUAGAGAAGGAAGUCUCGGAAUUUAAAAAUUUCAGUAGUGAUGAUCCCCAAAGAAAAACGAAAGCAUUGCUAACGAUGAUUCAACAAUUUGAGAAGGAUUUUACAAAAGAUAUCGAAGGAUCCACUACAGACAGUCUAGAAUUAUCGGGCGGUGCUAAAGUGAAUAGAAUAUUUCAUGAACGAUUUCCUUUUGAACUUGUUAAGCUCGAAGUAGAUGAAAAAGAACUGAGAAGAGAGAUAACUUAUGCUAUUCGAAAUAUCCAUGGUGUUAGAUCUGGCUUAUUUACUCCUGAUAUGGCCUUUGAAGGUGUAACCAAACGUCAGAUUGAACGCCUAAAAUCCCCCAGUAUUAAAUGUAUAGAUAUGGUGAUAAAUGAAAUAUCCAAUAGCGUUAACAAAAUAUCGGAAAUGAUGUCGCGAUUUCCAAGGCUGAGAGACGAAGUCGAACGAAUAGUAUUGGAGCAUGUUCGCAAUCAAGAAGUCAAAGCUAAAGAUGCCGCCGUAUUUCAAAUCGAUUUUCAAUUGGCAUAUAUUAAUACGAAUCACCCUGAUUUUAUUGGUUCUGCUAAUGCUCAAGUUAAGAGUGUUGCAAGCACAACUAAAAAGAGAGUCAGCAACCAGGUCAUUCGUAAAGGUUGGCUGACUUUGACUAGUGUUGGUUUUAUGAAGGGAAUGUCAAAAGAUUACUGGUUUGUUCUAAGUGCGGAGACACUCGCUUGGUAUAAGGAUGAACAGGAACAAGAUCAAAAGUAUCUUCUUAAUCUAGAAGGCUGUAAAAUAAGAGAUUUAGAUGCUGGAUUCAUGGGCCGAAAAGCUCAUUCAUUUGCAUUAUUCAACCCUGAUAAAAGAAAUUUGUAUAAAGAACAUAAAACCUUAGAUCUCUGUGCCUCUUCCGAUGAAGAUCUUGAUAGCUGGAAAGCUUCAUUCCUACGUGCAGGUGUUUAUCCGGAAAGAUUACAAGAAGCGGAUUCUGCUGGUGGAUCAUCUUCUACUGCUGAUUUAGGUUCACUGGAUCCGCAACUUGAAAGACAAGUAGAAACUAUUCGCAACUUGGUUGAUUCUUAUAUGUCUAUAAUAAAAAAAAUUAUACAAGAUUCCGUACCAAAAAUAUCUAUGCAUCUAAUUGUAAACAAUGGCUUAGAUUCUCUGAUGGAAGAAAGCAAGGAGGAAGAAGUGAGACGCGAACAAAUGGUUCGCAUGUAUCAUGCAUGUAAAGAAGCUCUUACUGUUAUCGCAGAUAUUACGAAUAAAACUAUCCAUACUCCAGAUCCUCCCCCAAUACCGGAAGAUGAAAUGAGCAACGCAAUGCCUACACGGCCUGAUAAGCGUCCAUCUGCACCUUCUCGCCCUAAUGCACCAUCUAGGCCAUUGGAACCCACCCGCCUACCACCAUCAAUUCCAAGUCGUCCACCUCCAUCAUCUCCGAAGCCAGCUCCGCAAGUACCGAGAAAGCCCACUGGUAGGCCUACUAUUCCCAAUAGACCUCAAUAA